AAUUUGUGUUAAAAUACUUUUUUGAUUUGUACUAUUAUUGAGUGGAAAAACCGAAUAUGCAAAAAUAAGUUUCAUCUAUAGAUUUAUAAUAGUUUUUGUUUAAUUAUGCACAUUCAGAAAGGAAAAAAAUGACUGAAACCAUUUCCAAACGUAUAACUGUUUUGAAUUUGUGCCGCCAUAUUUAAGUUGACAUAUUAUCUAACAUUUUAGUAUUUAUAUUUGUUUUAUCUUGUUUUAAACACGUGUUGAACUGAGAGGAAAAAGGAACCACAAAAAGAAUACCAUUCUAAAAAACAAAUUAUGGAUGAAAAGAAUAUAGAAACUGCUCAGUGUAUGAUCCCAUACACAGAACGUAGUGCAUCUGGUCGCAAUUGGGAAAUAUUUAAAAGUUUAACAUUUAAUUCAUUACCACUGAAUUCAGAGAUUACUAGCAAGGAGAAUAUUAAAAAGAAAAUAUCUCCGCAUCAAAAAUCAAAGAAGAAACAUCAUUCAUCUGUAUCGAAUAUGGAUUAUAUAACACGUAACGAAGAAAUAGUUUAUGAUGAAAAUAAAAAGAAGCUAACAAAACAGAUAGCGAUAGAUUGUGAAAUGGUUGGCAUAAGGGAUGGCAUUGCAAGCAUGUUAGCUAGAAUAUCCAUUGUGAACCGGCAUGGUUUUUGUGUUUAUGAUAAAUAUGUGAAACCUAGAGAACCUGUUCAAGAUUACAGAACUAAAGUUAGUGGUAUUAGGCCUGAUAAUCUUCAAAAUGGAGAAGAGUUUGAAAUUGUUCAAAAAGAAGUAGCAGAAAUUUUAAGAGGUCGCAUUUUAGUUGGUCAUGCAUUGAAACAUGAUCUUGAUGUACUGUAUCUUUCUCAUCCAAGAAAAUAUCUGCGAGAUACUUCUAGAUUUAAAAUUUUCAGGCAAAUAUCCAAAGGAAAUACUCCUAGUUUAAAAAAACUUGCACUUGAAUUAUUGGGUAAAGAAAUACAAACAGGAGAACAUAAUUCAAUUGAAGAUGCAAGAGCUGCAAUGCAAUUAUAUGUGCUGUACAAAAAUAAAUGGGAAUCUGAAUUUUAUUCUAAACGAUAAUAUAUCAUUGUGAAGAAUCUCCUUUAUUGAAGAAUUUUGCAAACCAUAUGUACAUAGUAUACACUUUAUUAACACUCAUAAACAUUUAUUUAAAAAUUUAUCUUUCAAAUACAAAAUUAUAAGAAACACA